CCGGCGCGGAGGUCUGACGGAGACAGCGCGUGCGCGGCGUCGCCGGGCUUGUGACGAACUUCCGGUUAUCAGGCUCCCGGCCGGGCUGACUCCAGCGAAGGCGCGCGGAGCGGUCGCCGCGGCGAUUCCCGCCCAGGCUCCUGUGACCGCCAGGCAGCGUCUCCACCAUGUCCCAGCCCCAGACCCCAGAGCAGGCACUGGACAUGCUGGGGGACUGCCCACGGGGCAGAAGAGACGAGGACGCUGGGGAGGGGAUCCAGUGCUCCCAACGCAUGCUCAACUUCAGUGACGCCCUGCUGUCCAUCAUCGCCACCGUCAUGGUCUGUAUGGGGCCCCUGCUCAGGCCUGCCCCACCCCAAGCCCCUCGAGGCACUGCCCAGCCCACCUCAGACCUGUCCAGGUCUUGCCAGCAGCCUUGGGUCCCCCAUCUCCUCGGGCAGCUUGGGGGGCCCAGCGCUGCCUUGGAGUCCCCAGUACCGCCACACCCAGCCCAACCAGCGUCUCUCGCUUCCUUCUGUCUCUCUGCCUCCUCAGAUCCUGCCUGUGACCCACACGGAGAUCUCCCCGGAACAGCAGUUCGACAGAAGUGUACAGAGGCUUCUGGCAACACGGAUCGCAGUCUACCUGAUGACCUUCCUCAUCGUGACGGUGGCCUGGGCGGCACACACAAGGUUGUUCCAAGUUGUUGGGAAAACAGACGACACACUUGCCCUGCUCAACCUGGCCUGCAUGAUGACCAUCACCUUCCUGCCUUACACGGUGAGCACCGCCAGGCCCCUGACACCCUGAGGCUUUCCUGGGCACCACUGGAUUUGACCUGUCCUCAAAAGCAGACCAGCUGGAUGACUCAGGGCCCAGGCCACACAGUUGCAGAGAAGAGAGAAGGUUCUGGGGAGAGCAAAUUCUGGGGCGAGAACAUUCUGGGGAGAGAAGGUUCUGGGGAGAGCCAGCUGUUGGGCUGCUGGGGGCUUCUUUCAGGCUGGAGGGGAGGGGAGGCAGUGGCCCUGAUGAGGGACUCACUGGCGCUCCCAGCUCCCACCUGGCCCUGAGUCCACAGCCGCCUGCCCAUCUCAGGCCUGUCCCUGGCAUGCAGCCCCUACAGCCUCUGGCCACCCACCCUGUACUGCUCAGGCUGUGAAGGUGCCUCCAAAUUCUGGCAGUGGCCGCUGGUCCGAGCGUGCGGGGCUGCGUGGCCGCUGCCGUGCGGGGCUGCGUGGCCGCUGGUCCGAGCGUGCGGGGCUGCGUGGCCGCUGGUCCGAGUGUGCGGGGCUGUGUGGCCGCUGGUCCGAGUGUGCGGGGCUGCGUGCCACAAGGAACUGGGGUUUGCGGAAUUCUAUAUGAAUCGGAUGACAUUUUGGCUUUAAAGGCCUGAGGCAUUUGGUGGAGUUGGUUGGGGUGGGGGCAGUUUGGACACAUCUCCCCCAGCACCCAGCUGGCCGCAUCCUGUGAUGGCCCCAUCGCAUCUCCCGUGGAGUGGGGAGGCUCACCAUGGCCCAGUUCCAGGCCCUGGGGCCCUGGAGCCUGGUAACCUAGGAUUUGUGGGGGGGGGGGGGGUUGGUUUUGUUUUUAUUU